AGUUACUUUUGUUCUACAUCGGUUUUCCGCAGAAAUGUUGAAUAUUAUGUCACCAUGUUUGCGAAAUAAUAUGCAUAACUCAAAAAGGCCAUAUUUUACCAUAUAUGUAACGUAAAUAUAUAUUUUUAACAGGCGAGAUUGGGCAGUGUUGGGCAAGCCUAGACGUGCCGAGCGAAAGAAUUCACGCUGCGUGUUUGUGGCAAGGCUGCGCUUGAAUGGUUGCUUUUUUAUUUUCCAGUCUCUGCUUUUGUUCGAGGUUGAUGUUCGUUUGUCGGCGGGAGCCUGCGGUGAUAUCGGAAUUUUUUCUUCCUGAAAAUCAGGUAUCUUUGUCGACCCGAACUGACAAAGAAAGAUUGUAUCUGCGGAAAAUACGCAGUAGAGGAAAUAAACGAAUUCAUUAAAACUUCCAACUAUUGCAGUACCGGUAAAUGCCUCCAAUUCAGCAUUUCAGAGUUCGUGAGAAACUCCUGCGAAUUAUGAAAAUGGUAGGAGCUACAGAACGACUUUUUACAACAGAAAAAGUUCUUUCAUACCUCGGAAAAUACAUUGAACAAAGGAAACUACAUGAUUCACAGAACAUGCGUAUUGUACGUUGCAAAGGUGACCUUCUGGAAGAUAUAUUUGGCGUCCAGGAAUUCACAAUUGGGAAUCUAAAGGAUAUCUGGCAGUUCGUUUUUCCGCAUUUAAUUCCAGCUACAAAUAAAGAAAUACAUGAACAUGAUGAGAAGAUGAAAAAUAGACAAGAAAGUUUGCAGAACUCUCAACAUGAUGCACCAUCUGGUAAGAAUGAUUUUCAAUGGAUGUCUCAAUUACCCUGGUGGUAUUUUGUCGAAAAAAAUUCAAAAGGGGCUGAAGAAAAUCCUGACAUUGCUACUGCGAGUGGCAGUAUUGUGGCGACAUCAACCGCAUAUGUUGUUGACACCGAAUAUGAAAGCGAAUCCACUGUAUCUACUAAACCAGUUGACAAUGAAGAUAGAUUUUCACUUGAAUACGAACCUGAUUCUGAAUCUGAAGAUUCUGAUGCUACAGAACCUUUCUACUCAGAUGAAGAUGAUGAGCCAUUCAUGCCUGCUCCUUUGCCAAGAAUAACUGAUUGUGAUGACACAACAACAACCGACACAACCGAUGUGAGCAUGGAUUUCGACAUCCCUUUGGAAGAUCAUUGGAAAUGCACAGAAUGCACAACAGUAAAUCCACCUACUGUAGGAUAUUGCCAGAGGUGCUGGAAGUUAAGAAAAGGUUGGCUACCUGAUACAGAAUUACCCAGUCCAAUUCUCACCAAGAGUUUCACACUCCCAGCCGGGGAGUUUUCUGAAACAUUUCUACCUUCAGUAUCACGUUCAUAUACUCAACCUAAUCCGAUUACUGCUGGCUAUGAUGUCGCAGAUGGGAAAUCGAAUUCAGGUGGAUCAUGCUCACAGCCAAACAGGGAAAAUUCGAAUUCCAGCAAUUUCAAUGAACUGCCCUUUAAUAACAGCAACAAAAGAAAACUGGAUGAUUCCCAAGACGAAUUGAAUUCCCCGCCUUUAUCAAAGUUAAAAAUAACAACAGCAUCCAAUUUACCAAACUCAUUAUUACCUUCAUCUACUGACCAUGGGGCUUCAACGUCCAAGGAUUUAGAUAUAAACACAGUUUUUAAGAAAGCCAACUCUGUGUCGCCGAACUUGACUUCUUCUGACUCAUCCACGCUGCGUGAAAACCAAUCUUCGUCGACAUCAAAUUCUCAUCCUCAGUAUUCUAUAUCUGUUCCAGGAUUGUGUAAUAUUUGCCAUAAUAAUCCUAACGACGCGACUAUUGUUCAUGGGAACUUAGGUCAUCAGUAUUGUUGCUACAGAUGUGCGAAGAAAUUGAAAAAGAGAGGAAAAACAUGUCCAGUUUGUAGACAACCUAUAGCUUUUGUUGUUAAGAAUUAUAUUUGCCAAAUGUGACAACUCUCAUAUACAUAGACUGAGAGUGAGUUCAAAUAUGAUUUUUUUAUUGAGGUGGGCAACCGGUAUACUCGUUUAUUCAAUAGAUCACAACAUUUAAACCAAUACAAAAAGUAGCUUAUUCAUAAUGCCUACCAAAAGUGAUAAUCACCCAAACAAAUGUUGCUUCUUUGAUGUCAUUCACAUGUAUAAAUAAGGAGAAGUAUGCUUUCACAAGUAAACAAUCAUAACAUUUAGUCGCUAUUGGUGGAUUUUAAAUUUGUUUUAAAUGAACACACAAGCUUUUAAUUACCUGCUUUCAACAUGCUUUACUUUUUGUCAAAAAAUAAAGCCUUUCAUGCAAUUGUGAAUUAAAAUCUACACUUGCAUUCGAAGUGAGAUUAACUAUACAUUUCAUUCCUAAAACUUUCCGAUGGUUACAGUGUAAAAUAAAACUGCCAAGAAGGGGGUGAAAAAAUAAUAAACUUAAAUCAGAAACAAAAUAUACAUUGCUGAUUGAUUGCUAAAAAAAUUUUCAUUAUAAGACAAGAACAUAAUACUGAGAUUUAUUCAAAAAAAUCCCAUCAGUGUUCGAAAAUAACCUGGUAUUUAAAUUGGCUCUUGGGUCUUAUUAGAUAGUUGGGUGUCAUUGAAUAGUUGCGCAACUUAAGUGUCCAAAGAUAGCCAUUUACACCAACAACAUUGCGAAACUGAAUUUGCUAUCAAAAAACACAUCCAUACUGAUUAGUUUAGAUUUGUUUAAAUAAUCAUUCACUGGCCAAAAAAUAAACUCAAUGUGUCAGCCAAUCAAAAUAUCAAUAUCAACUUGUAAGCACAGGUAUAAUCGAACUUUGUCACAGUGUUUCUAAUAUGGCACAACCACUAAAAGUUUCCAAAUAUUUUUCAUUUCGCAUGCUCGAGGGGAUUCUGUGGUCUUGUUUUACCUACUUAAUCAGCCUUCUCACACUUAUUUUUUUUUUCGUUUUUUGUCAAGAAAUUCAGGUCUUUGUUCACAUCAGUGUUCCACUUACACCGUAAUCAUAAAUACAUUACUAUCCUUAAAAUAA